AUGGGUGUUCCCUUCGAGGCCUUGCUGCCAUAUGCAAUUAUGACCGGUUUCUUCGCAUUUAGCGCCGUGUCCGUUGGAAAGCUCAAGGAGAUGCAGAACGGAGGAAAGAAGACUAGGCGAGGCAUUGACGCCUGGGACAGGUACGAUCUUCCUAUGAUGACCUCAUGCUGGAGACUACAUACUGAUGAUACCGCAGUGAUGGAGCGCGACCGCCGCCUGACCGGUUUCGCGCGAGGACAGACCGACAAAGCCGAGGCGCCGGCUGGCUUCGAGCUCAACAACCCAUGGAGGUGUGAGCAGCGGUUCAUCUAA